CUUCUGGGAGUUGAAGUCCGAAAAUAGGGGCGGGGAGUUUGAAAGGCCUAGAAGGCCGGAAGUGACGCCCUUUCCGGUGGUCGCCAUGGCGGUGCUGGCUUCCAACCCCAACAACCCGGUGGUCUUCUUCGACGUGACGAUAGGCGGCCAGGAGGUAGGCCGCAUGAAGGUGGAGCUCUUCGCCGACGUGGUGCCCAAGACCGCGGAGAACUUCCGUCAGUUUUGCACCGGAGAAUUUAGGAAAGACGGCGUUCCGAUCGGCUACAAAGGCAGCACCUUCCACAGGGUGAUAAAGGAUUUCAUGAUCCAAGGCGGCGAUUUUGUCAACGGGGACGGCACCGGCGUGGCCAGCAUCUACCGCGGCCCCUUUGCGGAUGAAAACUUCAAGCUGAAACAUUCGGCACCUGGAUUGCUUUCGAUGGCCAACAGCGGUCCCAGCACCAACGGCUGCCAGUUCUUCAUCACUUGCUCCAAGUGUGACUGGCUGGACGGGAAGCACGUCGUCUUCGGAAAGAUCGUCGAUGGGCUGCUGGUCAUGAGGAAGAUUGAGGUGAGGAAACCACCAGGCGCACUCCACUGGAAUAACUAUAAUAAUAACAUUCCCCUGGGCAGCAAUGAGUCAGGCUUUGAAGCUGCAAGGCCAUUCAGUGCUAAUCAAAGUGGCCAACGGCAACGUUCACACUUGCCUCCCACCCUGGACAUCAUUCCACAGAUAUAGAUAUAUAUACCCCAC